UGUCGUCACUACGGCCGCGCUUUUCAAGCCAUGAAGGUAAAAAUUUAUUUGGGAUGAUAUUUUUUGGUUUUGUUCGCAGAAUAACCGCUAGGACUUAACCAAAUCGAGUUUCAGUAGAAUAUCUAUGCUGUGAAUAUGAGUGGGGCGCAGCGAGCCCUGCGAGGGGUUCGUAAGAGCAUCGCAAAGCAAGUCAAGGGGAAGUUUGCCUUCAAAUUUCGAUUCACAGUGACUUAUGAAUACGUGGAUAUACAGUGUACUAGCAAAUUAAAGCCAAGUAAUCUGACUGUUCUAUGGUUCAGAAGCCAUAGAUCAAAGACAUCGAAAAAGCCAGAGGUUAAAGYUGAGUAUACAGAUCCAAACACUGGCAAUUUCAUUUACAAUGCUGCAUGGACUCCUUCGAACUCUGUUCAUCUUGUGGUAACCCUUUACAAGGAUGGCGCUGGGAAAUUCAAGAAGAAGGAAUACUUUUUUGUCUUGGAAUCUCAUGUGGUAGACGAAGAAAGAAAAAAGCUUGCUAUAUUCUCCUGUGACAUAGCAGAUUUUGCAUCUCCAGUUACAACUGAGUUUGAUCUUGAGAUGGAAUUCAAGCCUCAGUCCAAGAAAGUUUUACUUGCAAAACUUGGUGCUAAAAUAAGAUGUGAAUUUCUUAAACAGGGGUCUACAUAUGAAGAUGAUAUGGAGAGUAAUUUCAGUCACAUCAGUGACACUGAAUUCAAACAGCGACUAUCAGAAUUGACAGACUUAAGUGAUGACGAAAAUGAUGCUAUUUCUGCAAAAAAGAAAAGUCAAUCAAGGAAAUCCUGGUCUAACUUUGUUGAAGAUAUGAAAACCCUGGAAUACAAGGAGUACCAUAUUGCUAUGGUUGGAAAUCCUCUUGCAGAAAAACAUGAGCAAUAUCCAGAAGAAAAAUCUCGCAAAUCUCCUGAUAUUUCAAAUGGGAAAGAAAUGGAAAAUGAAGAAGAUAUGCCAGCUCCACCCCCUCCUUUGCCAGAGUGCUCAGUGAAUAGAGUAACUAAAACGAGAGUCUUGAGUGCUUUGUUUGAAGAGGAAGAAGAAGACCAACCAGAGCAUGCAACAGAUUCAAGUAGCACUAAAACUAAUUCACCAUUAGAAGUAGAAAACGAGAAUCAAGAAUACAAGUUUGUUUUUCCCGAUAGAAAGUUAGCAAGAUCUGAAACCUUACCAGAUAUACACUUUUCAUCUGGUUUGGACGACAUAAAGGAAUCCCACAGGAUGCAGGAAUGGAUGAACAAUGUUAAUUUCAAACAACAAGAACUUAAAAUGAGGAAACUUGAAGUUGAAAACCAAGAGCUAAGAGAUGGCAGCAAAGUUCUGGGACAAGAGAUAGUGCAGCUACACAAAGAAAAGGAUGAUUUACAAGCUGAGAUUUGUGAGUUACAACUGCUGGUAGAGGAUCUGAGAACCAAGAUCAAUGAAUUUGAGUCAAGAGAGAAUAAAAAGCUUGAAAAACACAAGACUGCAAGUAAAAUACAGAGGAAAAAGCAAAAACAACCAACUGAAAUCAAUAGUGAAAAUCUAAAGGUUGCUCAAGUGCGAGGGUGGCUGUGUAAACGAGGUGUUAAGGGACUAACAGGAAAGCGAUGGAGAAGGAGAUGGUUUGCAACGGAUCAACGAGGAAGACUUUAUUACUACAAGAAAAAUGAUAAUGAACAACCAAGGGGGUUUAUUGACCUAGACAUCAUAAUUGCCGUACAAGACAAAGCACCCGAUGAACAAGAUGUGAACAAUGCGUUAUUUGAUGUAAUCAUUCCUGGAAGAGUUUAUGAAUUGAUGGCUCAUGACGAAGAAGAAAAAAUAAGGUGGAUCAAUGCUUUAGACUAUCUUCGACACUGGAGAAAUAGAGUCACUUAAGUCCAGGGCAUUGGCAGUACCACAUAUGGCUGUAACCAACCUUUUUAAAAAUAGCUGUAAAUUUGGUACAAGUGCAUAAAUUGCUUAUUUUAGAAAUAAUAAUACUGCAAUGUCUUCUUCGUUGGAAAAGCCUUUCUUUUUAAAAUAGUUGAAUCUGGGAUUUACUUGUUCUGUUAAUCAAUGGAGGGGGUGGAGCUUUGCCAAUCCUGCCUGUUCAUUCCAUUUCAUCACCACUUGUCAUUUGUCAUUUGUUUAAGCCCUGCUCCCUUCAUUGACAUGACAGAAAAAUCAAAAAUUUUACUGGAUUUUAAGAAAUGAAGGGUAACAAUAAUGCAAGGUAUUUUACAAUAAGAUGUCAUAAAAUUAUGUAAUAAGUAUUCUAUUUAAGAAUUUUAAAAUAUAAUGAUGGAUUUCUGGCAACUAAAAAAGCUUACACCCUUUUGGAGGAGUGACUACACCCUUCUUUCCUGACUAAUAGACCCGUUUCGAAUUCCAAAUUACUGCUGUGUUUCUUGAUUACAGACUGAUUUGCACAGGGUUAGCCUUGAGUUUGUGCAGAAUAUUCAUGUAUUCCAGUCAAGGUCCGUCGAGUUUCAA